AUGUCAACAAGUUUGGACAUGUCGUCAGCAACAGCUAAUGGUAUUCAUCAAACUCAAAUAAAUGGUCAUGCUUCUCAACAAGAUCAAAUUCCAUUUAAUAUUGACCAAUUAGCAGCUGAUUUUGAUUUGGCUGGCCAAGAUGAAUGUAAUUCAUCUGCACGUAUGUUCGAACGUACGCGUAUACAAGUUUUGGCUGAUGAACGUGGAUAUGUACAAAAGAAAACAUUUACAAAAUGGGUCAAUUCACAUUUAACGCGUGUUGGCUGUCGUAUUAAUGAUCUAUAUACUGAUUUAGGCGAUGGAAGAAAUUUAAUUCGUCUUUUGGAAAUAUUAAGUGGAGAACGUUUACCAAAAGCUACAAGAGGAAAAAUGCGUAUACAUUGUUUGGAAAAUGUUGAUAAAGCUAUUAUGUUUUUACAAGAACAACAUGUUCAUUUGGAGAAUAUUGGUGCUCACGAUAUUGUCGAUGGAAAUUCUUCUUUAAUUCUUGGUCUUAUAUGGACUAUCAUCCUUCGUUUUCAAAUUCAAGACAUUACAAUUGAAGAAUGCGUAUCAACUGAAACAAAAUCAGCUAAAGAUGCCUUAUUACUUUGGUGUCAAAUGAAAACAGCCGACUAUCCAACUGUAAAUGUAAGAAAUUUUACAACAUCAUGGAAAGAUGGUCUUGCAUUUUGUGCCUUAAUACAUAAACAUCGUCCUGAUCUUAUACCGCAAUUUAAAACUUUAACAAAAGAAAAUGCAAAUCAUAAUUUACAAUUAGCAUUUGAUCUAUGUGAAAAACGUUUAGGUAUAAGUAAAUUACUUGAUCCUGAAGAUGUUAAUGUUGAUUAUGUUGAUGAAAAAUCUAUUAUAACAUAUAUUGUUACAUUAUAUCAUUAUUUUUCAAAAAUGAAAAAUGAUAGCGUACAAGGUAGACGUUUAGCUAAAGUUAUUGGUUCGGCACUUGAUUCAGAAAAAAUGGCUAAUGAUUAUGACCGUUUAGUAUCUGAUUUAUUAGCUUGGAUUGAACAAACAAUCGUUACAUUAAGUGAUCGACAAUUUCCGAAUUCACUUCCACGUGUACAUGAAAAACUCGUCGAUUUUAAUCGUUAUCGUGUUAUGGAUAAACCAGCUCGAUUUGCUGAAAAAGGAAAUUUAGAAGUUUUAUUAUUUACAUUACAAAGUAAAGAACGUGCUAACCAACAAAUACCAUUUCAACCGCGCGAAGGAAAAAUGAUAUCGGAUGUAAAUCGCGCAUGGGAAAAUCUUGAACGUGCUGAACAUGACAGAGAAUUAGCAUUAAGAGAAGAAAUUCUUCGACAAGAACGUUUAGAACAAUUGGCAACGAAAUUUAAUCGUAAAGCUGGCUUACGAGAAAAAUGGUUGACCGACAGUGAAAAACUUGUUGCAAGUGAUCAAUUCGGUACAGAUUUAGCUUCAGUUGAAGCAGCAUUCAAAAAACAAGAAGCUAUUCAAACCGAUAUAGCUGCCUUCGAAGAACGUCUUCAAAAUAUUAUGGCUAUCGCCAAUGAACUUCAAACUGAAGACUAUCAUGAUUAUGCGACAAUUGAAGCACGAAAAAAGAAUGUCGAAAUGCAUUGGGAAUAUUUAAUUAGUUUAGUUACUAAACGUCGACAAUGUCUUGAACUUGCGUAUAAUUUACAACGUGUUUUUCAAGAAAUGCAAUAUAUAUUUGAAUGGAUUAGCGAUUUAAAAUGGCGAUUAAAAUCUGAUGACAUUGAAAAAUAUGUUAUGUCAGCUGAUGAUCUUCUUCAACGACACUCAUUAAUUGAAGCUGAUAUAUAUGUUAUUGAUGAACGUUUAAAACGAGCCAUAACCGAUGCUGAUGAAUAUCUCAAUCCUGAUGUUAAUAUUGAUGGUUAUCGUCCAGCCACACCGGAAGAAAUUGAAAUACGUAUUCAUAAUUUGCAAAAAGCUUAUGAAGAAUUAAUUGAAUUGGCUCGUAAACGCCGAGACUUACUUGAACAAGCUAAAGUUGUAUCGAGAUUUUAUUCGGAUGUUGGUGAUGCAGAAUUUUGGAUUGAUGAAAAACUACAAACGAUGACAUCACCGGAUAUGGGUCAUGAUGUUAAUACAACUGAUAGUUUGGUUGCCAAACAUAAAUUAAUUGAAAAUGAUAUGAGUGCAAGAUACGGUCAACUUGAAAAUUUAACAAAUCAAGGUGAAACCAUGGUUAAACAAGGACAUUUUGCAACAAGAAAAAUUAAUGAUAGUCUUGAUACGAUCAAAUUGAAAUGGGAUAAUCUAUUAGAAAUGUCAUCUAAUCGUGCGGAUAAAUUAAAUCAAACCCAUGAUUAUUACCAAUUCUUUUCUGAUGCUGAUGAUAUUGAUACAUGGAUGCUUGAUAUGUUGAAACUUGUCUCAAGUGAAGAUAUUGGCCGUGAUGAACCGUCAGCUCAAACAUUAUUAAAAAAACAUAAAGAUACACAAGAUAUCUUAGAUAAUUAUCGGCAAACAAUCGAUAAUUUAAAGUCAACAAAUUUACAAGUUUUAACACCUGAAAAACAGAAUUCACCUGAUGUUCAACAACGUCUUCAAUCAAUUGAACGUCGUUAUACUGAAUUAAUUGAAUUAUCAAAAUUACGUAAACAAAAAUUACUUGAUGCCAUAUCAUUAUUUCGUCUAUUGGCUGAUGCUGAUAAUGUCGAAGCAUGGAUUGAAGAAAAAGAACGAUUUCUAGCAACAUUAGAUCCAACACAAGUCAAUGAUAUUGAAGAAUUAGAAGUUAUUAAACAUCGUUUCGAUGGUUUUGAACGUGAUAUGAAUUCGACAGCAUCAAAAGUUGCUAUUGUCGGCCACCAAGCGCGUACAUUAGUACAAAGUGAUCAUCCGAAUUCACAGGAAAUAUUGGAUCGUAUUAAUAGAUUAAAUCAUAAUUGGUCACAAUUGAGACGUUUAGUUGAUAAGAAACGAGACGAUCUUAGUUCAACAUUCGGUGUACAAACAUUUCAUAUUGAAUGUAAUGAAACCAUAUCAUGGAUUCAAGAUAAAAUUCGUAUUGUGCAAUCAACUGAAGAUUUAGGUCGGGAUCUUGGUGGUGUUAUGACAAUGCAACGUCGUUUAAGUGGUCUAGAACGUGACAUGGCUGCUAUACAAUCGAAACUAGAUCAACUUGAAUUAGAAGCCACAAAACUUGAAAAAGAUCAUCCAGAUGACGCAAAAAAUAUUCAUAAUAAAGUUAACCAAAUAAGUUCGGUUUGGUAUGAAUUAAAAGAAAUUCUACGUCGACGCGAAGAAUCGAUGGGCGAAGCAGCUGAAUUACAGAAAUUUCUUCGUGAUCUUGAUCAUUUUUCUGCAUGGUUAACACGUACACAAACAUCGGUUGCUAGUGAAGAUAUUCCGAAUUCAUUAAAUGAAGCUGAACAAUUAUUAAAUCAACAUCAAACAAUUAAAGAAGAAAUCGAUCGUUAUGGUCCUGACUAUGCUCAAAUGAAAGACUACGGCCAUUCGGUUAUACGUGAUGCUGAUACAACUGAUCCACAAUAUAUCUUCUUACGUGAACGUUUAAAUGCGCUUGAUGAUGGUUGGAAUGAACUUGAUCAAAUGUGGCAUCAAAAGAAGAAUAUGUUAACAGAAGCCAUGCAAUUUCAAAUGUUUGUUAGAGAUUCAAAUCAAGCUGAAAUUUUAUUAAAUCAUCAAGAAGCUUAUUUAGCACGUGAACGUGAACAAAAACCCAAAACAUUGGACGAUGUUGAAUCUCUCAUGAAAAAACAUGAAGACUUUUUUACCACUAUGUCAGCAAAUGAAGAUAAAAUACAAGGUGUUUGUUCAUUUGCUCAACGUUUAUGUCAAGAAAAUCAUUAUCUAGGUGAUCGCAUUCUUACUCGUGCAUCCGUAAUCAACGAUCGUUAUGUAGCUAACCGUCAAUAUGCAGUUGAAAUGAAUGAAAAACUUCAAGAGUCACUUCAAUACUUUCAAUUUAUUCAAGAUUGUGAUGAUCUUAAAGAAUGGCUUGAUAUGAAAACAUUACAAGCUCAAGAUGAUACCUAUCGUGAUACCGCCAAUAUUCAUACGAAAUAUCUUCGUCAUCAAGCAUUUCAAGCUGAAAUAUCAUCAAAUAAAGAACGUUUAUCAGCCUUAAAACGGCAUGCCGAACAAUUACGAGAAGAACAUCCACAACAAAUCGAUUUCACUGUUAUUGAUCAACGUAUUAAUGAAUUAGAUGAUUCAUGGUCAAAAUUAGAAGAAAUAACACGUGAAAAAGGUGAACGUCUAUUUGAUGCUAAUCGUUCGAAAUUAUUUCAACAAUCGAUUACUAAUCUUGAUGAAUUUAUGCUAAAUAUUGAAAAACAUUUAUAUGCUGGUGAACAAACAACACCAACAACUACAACUGCAGCAGCUCCAAUAGAUUCAACCGAUAGUCAAUUAUUAUCAACAACAACAACAACAACUCUUGAACCAGUAGAAAAUAAUUUAACUGCAACGAAUCUUUUAUUACUUAAACAAACAACUAUCGAAGAAGAACUAUUAAAACGUCAACAACAAGUUGAUGAAUUACGUGUUCAAGCUGAAAAACUAAAACAAUUAGAACCAGAAAAAUCCGACGAAAUCGAUACAAAACGUUUACAAGUUGAAGAGAAAUUUUCUAAACUUUUAUUACCAUUAGAACAGAAAAAAUUACGUUUAGAACAACAAAAACAUCUUCAUCAAUAUUUACGUGAUAUUGAAGAUGAACAAAUAUGGUUAAGUGAAAAACGUCAUUUAUUACAAAGCUAUUCUGAUUUAAUAUUUAAUAAUAAACAACAAACAUUAAUGAAUAUUCAAUUAUUAAAACGUAAAAAUGAAUCAUUAUUAAAAGAAAUUGAAAAUCAUGAACAACGUUUAUUAGAACAUUUAAAUAACGAAUGUAUACGCAUCAGUCAAGAUUACCCAUCACGUCAAGAAGAAUUUCAAGAACGUUUACAACAAUUAUCAAAUAAUUAUGUUGAAUUAAAAGAUACAAUUAAACAACGACGCGAACAUUUAGAAUUAUUAGAAAGUCUUUAUCAAUAUUAUUAUGAUUUAAGCGAAGCUGAAGCAUGGCUAGGCGAACAAGAAUUAUAUAUGAUGAGUGAAGAACGUGGCAAAGAUGAAUUAGCCACGCAAACCUUUAUACGUAAACAACAAACAAUCGAUCAAACAAUCGACAGUUAUAGUAAUAUACUUUCGGAAUUAAAUGAUCGUGCGAAAAACUUAGGCGACUCUUUAAAUCAAUCGGAUUUAUCAUUGGAUUUUGUUAAUGAAAAUAAUGAUUUAAUUAAUAAACGACAAACACAAUUAGACAAAUUAUAUGCCAGUUUGAAAGAUUUAUCUGUUGAACGUCGACAACGUUUAGAUGAAACAUUAAAACUGUAUCGUCUCCAUAAAGAAAUCGAUGAUCUUGAACAAUGGAUAUCCGAUAGAGAAUUAAUUGCCGGUUCGCAUGAACUCGGACAAGAUUUUGAACAUGUAUCUAUGUUACUCGAUCGUUUUAUUGCAUUUGAACAGGAAACACAACAAAUUGGCAAUGAACGUUUACAAUAUGCAAAUAAUAUGAUCGAUAUUUUAAUAUCAAAUGGUCAUAUUGAUUCAGCGCAAAUAGCUGAAUUAAAAGAUUCAUUAAAUGAAUCAUAUCAAGAUUUGUUAGAAAUGAUUGAAACACGUUUACAAUCAUUGAAAGCAUCAUGGGAAUUACAUAAAUUUUUACAUGAUUGUAAAGAAAUUUUAUUGACUAUGCAAGAACGUAAAAAUUCUAUACCCGACGAAAUCGGCCGAGAUCAACAAGGUGUACAACAAUUAUUACGUAAACAUCAACAAUUUGAAACUGAACUAGUUCUAUUAGCACAAGAUAUACAACGUAUACAACAAGAAUCGAAACGUUUGAAUGGACGUUAUGCAGGAGAGAAAGAAGCUGAAAUAAAACAAAAAGAAUAUGAUGUUUUAACACAAUGGAAAUUGUUACAACAAUUUGUCGAUCAACGAAAACGUCUACUAAAUGAUUAUGAAGAUCUACAUCGAUUCUUUAAUUUAGCAAGAGAUUUAAAUAUGUGGAUGGAUGUAAUGAUUAGACAAAUGAAUAAUAGUGAUAAGCCACAUGAUGUUAGCGGAGUUGAUUUAUUAAUUAAUAAUCAUCAGAGCUUAAAAGCUGAAAUCGAUGCUCGACAAGAAAAUUUUACUAUGUGCAUUAAUUUAGGUAAAGAUUUAAUUAAUCGGCGUCAUCCUCGUUCAUCAGAAGUAAAAGAAAAAUGUGUUCAACUAUCUAUGUUACGUGAUCAAGUUGAUGAUACAUGGAAUGAACGUUUCGAAUAUUUACAACUUAUCUUAGAAGUUUAUCAAUUUGCACGCGAUGCAGCCAUCGCUGAAACAUGGUUAAUUGCUCAAGAAUCCUACUUAAAUAAUGAAGAACUUGGUGAAACAUUAGAUCAAGUUGAAAACUUAAUAAAACGCCAUGAACAAUUCGAAAAAUCUUUAUUAGCACAAGAAGAUCGUUUUAAUGCCUUACGUAAUUUAACAACAUUAGAAAAGAAACGACAAAUGCCACCAGUUGAACCACCUCAAAGUCGUCUACCUGCUUAUCUAGAAGAAUUUAAAACAUGGCAAGAACGUGAUGCUGAACAAGCAUUAACGGAUAAAUCGAAAUUUAAAUCAAUAGCCGAAGAAAAUACAUCAACCGAUGGUGGUCGUUCAGGAAUGUUAUCGGGUAAACAAUCUAGUCAAGAUUUCGAUUCAAACAAUAAUAAACAACGACGAUCAGAAUCAGCGACACGCUUAUUAACAAUAAAAGAAGGUUUCUUAUCACGUAAACAUGAAUGGGAAGGACAUGAACGUAAAGCAACACAUCGUGCAUGGGAAAAAUAUUAUUCUGCUUUAACAAGCAAUCGCUUGUUAUUCUUCAAGGAUGCUAAACAUUUAAAAUCAGGUCGUACAGCUACCGAUGACUUUCAACUUGAUUCAUCAACAAGUACUGCACCAGCAACUGAUUAUCGUAAAAAACCAAAUGUAUUUCGAUUGAAAUUUCAAGAUGGAAAUGAAUAUUUAUUUCAUGCUAAAGAUGAUACAGAAAUGAAUGAAUGGAUUACAGCAAUAAAUAAUACUAUUUCAUCAUUACCAUCAACAGUAACUGGCGCAACAGCAGUUGUAACACAAAUACCAUCCAUUGCUUUGACAUCACCAGCAACAACAACGAAGGGAUCAGCAUCAUCAGCAACUAGUUCUCCACACCACCCGCCAACAUCUGUGAUGAUAUCAAGUACAUCAGGCAUUCAAACGUCUCAAUCUUCAUCAAGCAACGAACCAAAAUCACGAACAUUACCAUUACGUUCAAGUUCAUUAGUUGAACCUCAAGUUUCAUCGAGUUCAUCACAACAACCACCAGCAGGCAAAAAGAAAUCAGGUGGAUUUUUUUCAAUGAAACGAAAAUGA